CGGAAAAACCCCUUGAAUUUAGAUACCCAGGAAAGGCUUGCUACUGUGAUCCUCGUUUUGUUUUGUUUUAAAUGCCCAAGAGCCCUCCUCACCAUCGAGUCGGAGAGCAGAACCGGCCUCGCGGGAUCCCAUGGUCUCCGCGGGGCUAGAAGGGCCACUUCCGGUGACGCCAGAGUGGAGAAAUGUUCUGCGUUGGGGGGUGUGGGGAGGGAGGAAAGAUGAAGGCGUUUGGAGGCGGGCUAGGCCGGGACCGAGACUUCGGUGGGAAGGGAGGCCGGUGAAGGAGCGGGAGCAGGAGGAGGAGGAGUCGCAGGCCUGGGCCUAAGGGCUGGUGGCUGGCCAGGAGCGUCCAAUCCAGGGUGGUGCUGCAGCCCCAUGGCAGCCCCGCCUUUGCCCGCCUCUUUGGACCCUCCGAGGGACCGAGUCUUUCCUCCGCGGGCAACGCAGCGGACGGUGCCGGCUCCCCUCUGACUCGCCCGCGCGUGAUUUACACGGGGAAGAAACAACUUAUUUUGCAAGAUAAACUGGUGUUAAGGAAGAAGAAGCAAAAGGAAACAGCCUCCAUAUUUGGGCUGCUUUCACUCAUCAGCUCCUGUGAAUAAAUCUCAACUAUCCUCACUCCUGCCCAAAGAAGAAGAUGCCUGUGAUAUCUGAUCAGCUCCAGAUGAAUGAAACAAGGGGAGCCAUGGCAACCACAAAUCCUCUGGAGACCCUCCAAGUGGAAGCCAGCUGUUCCGUCUGUCUGGAGUACCUGAAAGACCCUGUCAUCAUCGACUGUGGCCACAACUUCUGCCGGGUGUGCAUCACCCGCUGGUGGGAGGAUUUGAACCGAGACUUCCCUUGCCCCGUGUGCCGCAAGACCUUCCGCCACCGCUCUCUGAAGCCCAACCGGCAGCUCGGCAACAUGGUCGAGAUUGCCAAGCAACUCCAGGUCACCAAUAAGCGAAAGAUACGGGAUGAGGACUUGUGCGAGAAGCACAAUGAAGUGCUUCGCCUCUUCUGUAAGGAAGACCAGGAGGCCGUUUGCUUAGCGUGCGAGAUCUCCCACGAACACCGUUCCCACACAGUUGUGUCCUUGGAUGAUGCCUCACAGGAGUACAAGGAAAAGAUGCAGAAAUGUUUGGAGCCAUUGGAAAAGAAAUUGCAAGAGAUCGCCCACUGCAAAUCCCGAGAAGAAAAGAAGGCUGGGGAACUCAAGCGGAAGGUGGAGGACCGUCGUCAGCUCAUCAUUAAUGAGUUUGAGGAGCUGCACCUAUUUCUAGCAGACGAGCAGGACAUACUAAUGCAACGCCUAGAAAACGAGGAGAAGGAAAUUUUACAGAAGUUGAAGGAGAAUGUGACGGAGCUGUCAGAACAACGGAUGGCCCUCAACAGCCUUAUCACAGAAAUCGAAGAAAAAUGUUUGCAGUCGGGCAUGGACAUGCUCCAGGACGUGAGGAGCACAUUUGAGAGAUGUGAAGAGGCACAAGCCCACGAGUCAAGUCAGGUCUCCAUUGAGCUGGAAAAAAAUUUCUACAGUUUCCCACGACAAUACUUUGUCCUGCGCAAAAUUAUUAAGACCCUCACAGGCAAUGUACAACCUUCAGCACCUGUUGGCCAUGCUGCACAUAUGAAAGAAAGAUAUGAAUACAUCUUCAAUAUCUGUAAAAUUCUAAAAGAAGUGGCUCUGCGGCAUGGAAUUGAACAAUGAACUGUUGUUACAUAUGCAAUUGGGACAGCCGUGCAAGAGAUUCCACAUUACAUUAAAAAGAAAUGGCCACGUUGAAAGGAUUUGGUUCCAGGACUGAAAAACGUGGCCAAUGAACCUCUUGUUGAUCCAGCAGUUAUUAUUGCCUCCACUCCACAUAAAACUCGGACUGAUGAAAGAUGCUAUGACAAUGAUGAAGAAGGAAGGUGAUGGUUUUCGUUAUUUGAGACAAAUGUUCCCAACAAUAACUGAUGUCAAGAUUAGGAAAGGUAUUUUUGCUGUUCCACAGAUCAGAUAUGUCAUCAGUAACAAAUUGUUUGAAGAUGUGUGUUAGUGGAGCCAGAGAAAAUCACCUGGAAAGCAUUCAAGGAUGUUGAUAAGAAUGUUCUUGGCAACGACACGGCAACAAACUAUAUUCAGCUGGUUGACAAACUUCUUACAGCAUACAAGAUCAUGAAGCACAACAUGUCAUUGAAGAUUCAUUUUUUGCAUUCAUACUUGGACUUCUUUCCUCAAAAUCUAGGUGCAUUCAGUGAUGAAUAUGGUGAGAGGUUUCACCAGGACUUUGCUACAAUGAAAAAAAAAUGGUUUUCAGGGCAACUGUAAUCCAUCAAUGCUGGCUGACUUGUUGGACAUUGCAACGAGAUGCAUCAGAUACCGAUUAUAAACAAUCCCUUAGAACUGGACCCUCUUCAUACCAAUUGAAUUGAAAAGAAUCUAUUGUGAACGGUGCUUUGAAAGCUGUCCCUUCUAUUCUUGGGAAUAUAGAGAUCUUAUACAUGUUACUUUUUUUCUUGAUCUUAAGAUGAUCUGUCUUAAGAUCCCCAGAGGGUAUCUGGGUUUUCUCGUUGAGAUAGGAGUUUAUGGCUGUAGGAAUGUUCCAGUACAUGUAGCAUUUUACACAUAGAUCGUGAGUAAGAGGUUGAUAAAUACUGAACAGCCUCAAUAGGAGUUGCGGCUUUUCCGAACACAUUUUAUAAAAUCAUUAGCAUUUAUUGCAUUGUUAUCCUUUGCCACUUCUUAGGAACAGGCACUCUCAUUUUUCCCUCCAUCAUUUAGGAUUUUCUAAAUCACAUUUAAUACACACUUGUAAUAAUUAUUCAUCAAAUAUACUUAUUGGAAAAUAACAACUGGAGGAUGGUAACAGUGGGAUGGUUAAGGUACCAUGGUUAUUGUAGAAGCUUCUUCUACCACAGGCUUUCCAAAUAAACACAGUCUCCAUCUUUAAAGGACAAUGUACCGGUACAAUGGCACAUCUACUAGAGAAUUUGUCAGAAGAUUGGAAAAUGCUUUUAGAUCCUCUUAGCUGAUCUCUUAUAUUGAUCUACAGAAUUUGGAGACCCAAGUCCUUUUUCCUUCCCUUGGAGAACUGAACUUUCUAUUGGAUCUCAAGAUUUAUCUCACAUUUUUAAGCCCUGAACAAACAACCUGAUUUGUCUCCAGGAUCUGGAUUUCCAAGCAGAAUGGAACCACAACCAAAUUGCAGUAUAUAAAAAGUCAAGGAUGAUGAUUUUUAUUCCAGCUAUGUUGUUGCCCCUAAGGAUAGAAACUUGGGGCUCAUCCUUGACGUGAAGUAUAUGAACUCAUUCCUCUCAUCAACAUUCAAGAUAAUAUCUUCCAUUUUAUCCUUCCACCAUUAUAAGAAGGGCAGUGCUUUGCAUCCAUCAACCUGACUUGAUAGGUUUAUGUUUUCACAUCAAUGUCAUUUUCAACCUUUCUCCUUCAGCUAAGCUCUUGCUUUGUGGUUUUCAAUAUCUAUAACAGCAAUUGUGACACAUCUCUACAAGCAUGAGAAGAUGGUUAUCAAACACUGACUGGCUGUUGAUAGUUUCCACCAGAAAAUAAUAAUGUAGGGCAUAUGCAUGGUCCCAAUCUUGCUUGAGUACAUAAGCUUGAAAGUUAAACUUCAGAAGAAAUCCUACUCCUCAUUCUCUCAGGCUCCAAAGUUCUUUGGAGCUAAGAUUGUUGAGAUUGACUUCAGACAAAGUUGGUACAAAGUCUCUAUACUGGUCCCAGGCAUCUGUUCCAUGAGACCAAUUCUUGCUCAUGUGGCUUUACAUCUCCUGAAUCACAAGAGUGCAAACUACAAGACUCCAUUUGUGGCUUGGGGCUUGGUACUUCCUACUGGUUGCAGAGAUAUUAAACAUCCGUCAGAUGGCACUUUACAUCCCAGAAUUCCUCCCUGGAGUAAGUGAACAAUUGAGUAGGAGACACACAAUUUGAUCAAAACCACCUCUCCAGCUCUGCUUCUGGGUGCCUGCUUAAUAAAAUGGUGGACAUAUUGUCUAUUCCUAGGAACAAAAGGAUCAUAGUUAAAGAGUAGAGAAGAUGCUUCCCAUCAACAAGCUAAGACCUCUAGUGCUACUUAAGACCUAAUUGUUUUGGGAAGUGUUACUGAACACUCCAUGUUGGGCAACACAUAGUCUGUAACAUACAUGAGCUGGAAGGAAGUAGGUUCUCCCCUUAAUUGUUACUCUCACUACACCUUUGGAACUGAUGCAUGAAAAAAAGUGAUUAAGGUUCCUGGUUGCCCAUCGGAUGGGCUAAGCCAUUCCUUGCUUACAUGGAUGGAAGUGAUGUAGUUACAGUUCUCAAAGCAUUGUUCCUCCAGCAGAUGUUCUAUUUGCCACUGUAGCCAAACUCACUGCCUGCAUUAGUGUUGCAGCUGGUUAAGAGGCUCCAAAAUCCCUCUCAUCCUUGUGACCAGAAUAUUUCAAGUCAUAGAGACAGAACUGAUCGGAUCUUAAUUGCCAACUCCGAGCCCAACUGGCCCCUGUUUACAUGGUCCUGUGUUUACUAUAACAACACAUACAUCUGUCUACCAAAAACGUGGAACUUUAUAAAGACUGAAUGAAAUACCCAGAUUUGCUGUCACUCAAAUACAUGGCAUGGCAGAUUCAGACCUGACUUUUACUUGAUUUCAGUUGGGAAGUCUUUUGCACAACACAGACACUCUACCUGUAAAGGAUAUACUUUGUAUGGCAGACAACCAUGAAAUUUGCAGCAUGUUACCAUUGUAUUCUUCAUUGUUUUUGUUAUCUCCAGCAUUGCAAGUCUCUCUUUUUCCUCGUUAAAAGUUAAUGUCACCUUAACACCCAUGUUUAGGAGACAGUGCUUUCAUUUUCUCGAGAUAAUACUGUUCGUGAAGAGAUUGUUGAGUUUCUCUCUAUCUUUGCCUCUAGCCUGGAGUUUCAAUAUUUACAUUUACAUUAAACCUUGUGAACUGAAAACUUGUUUCUUAUCAUUCCUUGGGGAGAAUUGCCUUCCUCGUGGCAAUUGCUUUAGUUUAUAUGAUAAGGGAAAUAUCUCCUCUGAGAAUUGUUCCUCCCUCCAAGCUGCAUCCUUCAGCCAGAUAUUUCUUACCUCCAGUGACGUGCAGUGAGGGUUACCAUUGGUGA